CAUCUUAAUUCUCACCACUACUUCAUAUUUGAACAAAGACUGGAGAGGGAAAGAAACGCAGAUAUGGCUUCCCAGCAAUCACAACAAUCCAUCGAGCAGGCAGAGCUCGAAGCCAAGCGAACAGCCCACGUUGAACAGCUGUCAAAUUGGCUCACUCAAAAUAGCGCCAUCUACAACAUUUUCUUAUCCGGUGUAAAGCAGACAUCCGUUGUCGCUGGCACAGUCGUCAGCCGUCUUACUCUUACGCCUACACAUCUAAACUCCAAGGGAGGCCUUCACGGCGCAGUUUCAGCGGCAUUCAUAGACUUCACAACCGGGCUGGCCAUUGCAUCAUGGGACUUGAGGGAAAAGACGGGCGCGAGCGUCGACAUGCACAUCAGCUACUUGAGCAGCUCGGCAGGAGCAGGAGACGUCGUUGAGAUUGUGGCAACGGCAGAAAAAGUCGGAGGGUCAAUGGCCUUUGUGACGAUUUUGAUUCAGAAGGUCGAGGUGGUGGAUGGAGAGGAGAAGAAGACGAUUGUGACAAAGGGACACCAUACCAAGUUUGUGAGACAGAGCGGCGGCAAGCCUAAGGAGAAUGGAGAGACCAAGGUUUAGAUGGGAACAUGGCAUACUUGUAUAUAUCAUAGAGGGAGUUGUGAUGAUAGAUGGCGGGUUGUGCAUAUUUGAUAGACUUUUAGAUGGAUACAAGGCGCGCCUUUGAGACACUCUCGUUGUGAA